CCCUCUCUUCAUUUUUCAGUUUCUUUCCCUGUAAACCCCUUUCAGUUUUCCCCAAAUCUCAAUCAAAUCCAGAGAAGAAAACAAUACCCAAAUUCUUUGAGGUUCGUGUUGUUCCUAUGGGAUCUGGUUUUUCGUCUUUUCUUGUUUUGUCCAGCGCACCCUCUGCUCCGGCGGUGCCGCCGGAAACCAACCUCGGCGAUUUGCCGGAAAGUGUGGUGGGUUCUGUUCUUGUACACUUAAACCCACAAGAAAUCUGCAGACUCGCCGCCCUUAAUCGUGCGUUUCGUGGCGCCUCGUCGGCUGAUUUCGUAUGGGAAUCGAAAUUGCCAGAGAAUUAUGAUUCUAUUAUAUCCAGGGUAUUUGGUGAUGGUAAUGAAUUCCCUUCGAAUUUGUGCAAAAGGGAUAUUUACGCCAGAUUAUCUCGACCUAAUUCCAUUGAUGGAGGCACAAAGAAAGUUUGGUUACACAAAGGAACAGGAAGACCUUCUCUUUCAAUAUCAUUCAACGGAUUAUCAAUCACCGGCAUUGAUGAUCGCCGAUACUGGAGUCGAAUUUCCACCGAUGAAUCCAGAUUCAAAUCUGUCGCAUAUCUGCAACAAAUUUGGUGGUUUGAAGUUGACGGAGAGGUUGAGUUCCCAUUCCCGGCGGGCACCUACAACCUCUACUUCCGCCUCCAGCUCGGGCGGUCAGGCAGGCGGUUUGGCCAGCGGGUGUGUGACUGUGAACAGAUUCACGGAUGGGAGAAAAAGCCGGUGAGAUUCCAGCUCUCCACUUCCGAUGGUCAAAAAUCGAUGAAUGAAUGCUAUCUGACGUCACCUGGGAAUUGGAAGUUUUAUCAUGUUGGUAGCUUUGUUGUUGCGGAGGAUUCCAAGGUUGCAAUGAAGGUGAAGUUUUCUAUGAUGCAGAUUGAUUGUACACACACUAAAGGUGGACUAUGUGUGGAUUCUGUGUUCAUUUCUCCUAAGUGAAUAAAAAGUUUUUUUGAUUGAGUUGAGAGGUUAGAGCAGUUUUUUUUGAUGUUCAAAUGACCUAUUGUGUAGAGAGAGGGUAAUGCAAUUGUUAUGCAUAUCGACUAGAUUUAGGGCAGUUGUAAGAUGUAGUUUUUGUUUGUGUAGCAUGAAGUUACUUAAAAGUAACAUGA